AUGAGCGAGCGUCUGAGCGAGCGUCUGAGCGAGCGUCUGAGCGAGCGUCUGAGCGAGCGUCUGAGCGAGCGUCUGAGCGAGAUGGACUGGUUUUCCGAGUUGGCCGUGCCUGCGGAGAAGGCCGUGACCUACUACACCCUAGAGGAGAUCCAGAAGCACAACAACAGCAAGAGCACCUGGCUCAUCCUGCACCCCAAAGUGUACGAUCUCACCAAGUUCUUGGAGGAGCAUCCUGGUGAAGAAGAAGUCUUAAGGGAACAAGCUGGUGGUGAUGCUACUGAGAACUUUGAGGAUGUUGGCCACUCUACAGAUGCUAGAGAAAUGUCCCAAUCAUACGUCAUUGGAGAGCUUCAUCCAGAUGACAGAUUGAAGCUAGCUAAACCUUUGGAAACUCUCAUCACGACUCUAGAUUCUAAUUCCAGUUGGUGGACCAAUUGGUUGAUCCCAGCCAUUUCGGCCCUGGUGGUGGCCAUGAUAUACCGCAUGUACAUAGCAGAAGACUAA